AAGAAAAAUGGUUGGAUUAUGCAUCGUCACGGCCUCACCGUCGCAGGAUAGAGAGAGGAACAACCGACAGCUUCGAGCACGUGACAUCGGCACAUGCCCUCGCUGCCGAGGCUCGCCGCGCCGGCGCCGGCGGCGGCCCCAACCGUGCGUCGCACGCCGCCGGCCCUGCCACCGCCGCUGCGUCCCCCCUGCCGCGCCUGCUCCUUGGGCAGCGGGAGGCGCCCGCCGCGGCCCCCCUCGGCCACCGCCGCCGACGCGCCCCGCGGAGGCCCGAUCCCGGAGCCCGAGGAGGUCGACCAGCACCUCCUCGCCGCCCUCCACGCCGCUCGCAUCCGGGACGAGGAGUCUCGCCGCUCAGAUCCUCUUUUCAUCGAUCCAUAUGCUGCAGUUCUUCUUUCUCAUGAUGUGGCACAUCAUCAUAUGGAUUAUCUAGUUUCACAUGCAGUGGUUUGCUAUGACCAUUAUAGGCUAACAACUAGAUAUAUUGAUGACAAACUACAGAAUUUGGUCAGCAAUUCGGAAGAUAUUAGACAGAUUGUUCUGUUGACAGAUGGAAUGGACACUCGUCCAUAUAGGCUGAGCUGGCCUAGGCUAUCUGUUGUGUACGAUGUGUCACCAGGAAAAGUCUUCAGUACAGCGACUCGGCAGCUUAGAGGAUCUGGAGCAAAAGUUUCACGAAAUUGUGUCUUGCUUCAUACCCCUUUGGAGUCCCCUGAUUUACAAGAGGGCUUGAGCAAAAAUGGCUUCAAUGGGAAUAGGCUCAGCUUGUGGGUACUACAGGGUUUACCUCUGCCCACAAUCACGAGUUUAGAAAAUCUCUUGCUUGUUAUAAGCAAUUUAGCAAUGAAAGGAAGUAUCUUCAUGGGAGAACUGCCCCAUUUUCCAGGCUGUACGGCGUCAAUGGACAUGGGAUUGGAACAGGAGAAUCUGGAAAAGCUUUUCUUUACUCAGGGCUUUCAAGUCAGCUUUGUGCGAUAUGACGAUGUUGUGAAGGAUGUUGGCUUAGAUCUAGCUACUCCAUGGGAACAACGUGGCAGAUUGCUUUUUGUUGCAGAACAGCUGCGGUUUUCAGACGCACAGAUGGAGAGCUUCCGGAUGCAUUUCGAAAGAAUAGAGGAGGAUGCGGACGAAGAUGGAUUUGAGGAACUCUAGCCAGCUUUGUGAUGUUUGACACAAAUGAGGCUUUACUGGUUUUUAGCUUUGUGCAGAAACCUUGCCAUGGAUCAGAAUAGAGCUGGUAGAAACAGGACCAUGCUGGUCAAACUGGAGCCAAGUUUCUUCUUGGAGAGCAGAAGAAUCAGAGAUCUUUACAACAUAACUCUUUUUGUUGAUAAAGCUACACUUAAUUCAAUGUUUGAUCAAAAGAGGUGGCUAUCUUUUUUUUCACUUGUUUUUUGUAAAGAUUUUGCAGUAUUGGAGCAGAUGCAGAUGUGAAGGCUGAACUGACUUGCACAUGGUU